AGCCUUUCCUGCCCCGAGUCACAGUGCAGGGUGCACAGUGCUGGGCGCAGCUGGGAGGGGUCCUCUGCCUGGAACCCCCCUGCCUGGUGGAGCCAGCGCCUGGACUGGGACAGGAGCCUGAGACCCAGGACAGCUGGAACCCUGUUCACUUCAGCUGCCCCUGCCCUGAUGGCCUCCUGGCACUGGAACUACGUGGCCAUGGUCCUGCUGACCCCCCUCGGCCUGCUGGGAGGUGCUGACCUUAAGGACUGGGUUGUGGCCCUCCCAAAAGACCCCAUGGAUGUGCAGGAGGGCUCCUGCGUGACCCUCGAGUGCAGCUACAACAUCCCUCUGGGGAAGGACAUUGGAGCUGUGUGCUGGAAGCAGAAUAGAGUCAUUAUUGCUUAUCACUCAGACAAGGCUUAUGUUGAUGCGGCCUUCAAAAACCGGACCUGGUCCUUCAGCAAACACCCGGGCAACUGCUCUCUGCAGCUCAUGGGGCUGCGCCUAGGGGAUCAGGGUACCUACCAGGUCUGCACUGGGAAAGGGAAUGAAGAGUGGUGCAGCCCUGGGGCCGUGCAGCUCCGUGUGACUGCCCACCCAUGCCGUCCUAGCCUGAAGACACCACGGGGACAGGGGUCCCUCUCCUGCUCCGUGCAGCCUGACUGCCAGGGAUCCCCUGUCUGGGACAAACGGGAUGACCAGAGGAUCCCGGCUGGGAUGGGGAACAGCUCGCUGCAGGUGUCCCCAUCCCAGCUGGGUCCUAACAUGAUGCUGAGCUGCCGGGUGGAUGGACACAGAGACCAGUGCAGCCCUGAACAGAACCAGCCCCUACAACUAGGGAAUCUGCACUUGAAGAUCUUUCUCCCGGGGGCAAAGCAAGUGGUGAAGGAACAUGACUAUGUCACCAUGCGCUGCUUGGAUGCCACCCGGAUCCCCGUGGCCAGGUACUUCUGGACGCAUGGGGACAAGUGGCUGCAGGAAAGAGGGCAGAAUUUGCACAUCAGCGACACCAGCACUGCUCAUGGAGGUGUCUACACUUGCAGCAUCUGGGUCUCCGGCCCCGGGUGGGCGUUCCUGGUCUCCUCUGGCAACAAAUCCAUCACGGUUCAUUAUGCCCCUAAGGGGGUUAACAUCACGCCUCCGUCCCCAUCCAAGCUGAGUGAAGGGGAGUAUCUGAUCUUAACCUGCCAUUUCAACAGCAGCCUCCCCGAGGCGGUCACCUACAACUGGUACAAGGACAGCAUGGAGUGGAAGGGGUCCCAGAAGAUACUGAAGGUUGGAGCAAAGGAUGCUGGGAUAUAUCACUGUGUGGUGCAGAACGAGGUGGGGCCCACAGAGUCUUCCAGAAUCACCAUUCGGGCCUCCUCCCAAGGGCUGGUUUCCGCUUUGGCCGCCGGCAUCAGCGGUGCCGUGUUCCUGCUGCUUCUGCUGGGGCUGGGGCUGGCUCUGGCCUGCAGGAAGAAAUGGGGGAGAAAGCAAAGCAAGGCCACCAUGGCAGGACGCUACAGCCCAGCCCAGGUGGACGCCCCGAUGUCAGAGCUGACGUACAAGAACAUAGAGCAGUACGAGCCAGUUGAUGCGGGUCCCCAGGAUGCCCCUGAGCUGGGCAAGGAGCAGCUGGACAUGGAUACCCCCCCGAAUCUUCCACAGCGCAGAUGGGGAGCAGAGCCACAGGGAACAGCAAGGCAGCCAGCCCAUGAAGACAGCCCCCAAGACCAACCCUGACAACGUCCAAUACUCCACUGUCAAGAUCCAACCAGCCCCGCAGAGCUGCACACCUGCCUCAGACCUUACCUGCGACUAUGCCAACAUCAAGCACUACACGUCAGCCGUGGGCAACCCCAUCACCCCUAGUCCUGGCACCAGUCUCAGGAGUGGGGACUGGGGGUCACGGCCUGGGAUCAGUGAUGGGAGAGAAGAUCAGUGGAGCUUUAUGGGUGGAAGGGGCUAUGUUGGCUGGAAGUUUUCUCCCCAUUUCCUGAGUCCCAUGGUCCAUAGGGCAUUGAAUCUUGCUAAUUAGGCUCUGUUAUGAAUUGAUUGCCUUAAGCCUGGCUUCUCAGGACAGCUAAGUACAAUGUACACAGCUUUGAACAAGGUGUGGAGUGUGGAUAAUGGUGUGUGAUAUAAGAAGCUUUAACGAGGCCUGAGUGGCGGGCUGGAGUAUAGCAAAUUUUUAAUGAGCUGUGGACAGCUAAGCGACUUUGAAUGAGGCAUGCACUGGAUGUUGGCACAAAAUGUAAUAAUAAGCUUUAAAGAGGAGUGGAUGGUGGGACCAAAUACUGGGGUGCUUUAAGGAGGUAUGGCUAAGCAGACACAAGAGGCUUUUAAUGAAACGGAACAUAAUGUAACAAGCCUUAAUGAGGUGUGGACAACUAUUUCCCCACCCUUUGUCUGAAAUUUCCAUAUGGAAAUCCAUGGCAUUUGCUAUUUGCAUAAUUGACCUACCUACCCAUCUUCCCUGCAGGCCUCUGAAGUGGCUGAGAUUUUAGCUGUUGUAUAACGAGUAAUGUGUAUUUUACCCUGACUUGUAUCCACCUUGGGUGGGUGUCUCUGAGUCCACCACUGUUCUCCCCUGUGUGAUUCCUUGCUUUCAAAUAAAGCUCUAUCCUGCUCAGUUUGGGAAGAAAGAGAAGAAGAAA